UUUAUAUUUACAGCAAGACAUUUUUAUUGAAGCAUGUGAUUUAAGUGUUUCUCUAUAUUUUAGAAUGACGCUAUCACGAAUGUUCUCAGAUGUAUCCAUGUUCCCAUCGUAAAUUCACCUCGUUUGUCAACCUACAUUGUAUCUUUCCCAGCCUCCUCACACACAGUAACUCAAUAACUUCAUCCGACAACUUGACAAAUUUACAACCAAAUUUCCUUUCUUUAAAAAAAUCCCACAGAAACAAAUAAAAACUUAAGAGGGAAAAAAAAAAGGGUAGAAUUUAUUAUAGCAUGUACAUUGUCAAACAGCGCUAACAGCAAGGGAAAUGAUCGAUGAAUUUUGAAUCCAUGUAUUUAUUCUAACAACCAAAUUGGAUGGUACGAGAAAGUAACGAGGAGACCAAGAUUCUAGUCGCUUGCUUUAGUGAGAAGUGACCAGCGGAGCUGCUUGUCCAGUCUAUUUCCUGGUCCGUUUCAGCGUUGGGGGAAAAAAUGAUUUGUCCAAGAUGACCUCAGAGUCCAAAGUACUGCUGUUUUUAUUGGUCAUUUAUCUGACUACGGCCGACGUCUCUGCCAUCAAGUGUUACAGCUGUGAUAACAGUCACUCCUCAGCAUGUGGCAACGCCUUCAAAGCCUACCAGUUCCAGGCCAGCGAGUGUAACACAGGGGGCAACACUGACCAAUACAAGUGUGGAAAGCAGGAGCAGCCUCCCGACUCCAAUGGCUGGGUUGGCGUGAUACGUGCCUGCUACAAGCUCGGCGAUGUUGGCGGGAUGAACGAGACCAACGGCUGCCACAACCACUACGACUACGAGCGAAAUUUCACCGCCAUCUUCUGCUUCUGUGACACCUCCUACUGCAAUGGCGCCCCUUCUCGUCAAGCGCCCUUAUCGCACUGGAUGCUUAUCGUGUUUCUCUCAAUCACAUUAAUUGAUCUCGUCGGGGUCUGGCCACACGUUUGACGGGACGGAUUUUCACUUGGAGCCCGGAACAGCCCAAUUUCGUUAAAGCCCGCACAGAUAUCGCUUCAUUCUAUUAAAAAAAAAAAGGGGGUGAACUCUGAUAAGGAAUCGAUCCUACAUAAAAGGGAUGUCAUACGAACGAAUUUAUUUAGUAUGCAUUACCUCCCUUUUUGUGUUCAGACACUAAAGAACGAAUACUAAACGUGAUCGAUAUGUCCUCCGCCAUUUCAGAACUUUUUUUUUUUUGUUUAGAUGCGCAGGGAGAUAAAGGCAAGUAAUUCACUGAUAUUGACACAUAAAAAAAAAACCCUCUUACAAAUGGAAUCAAGUGGGUUCUGCCGGCAAGGAGAAUGUAACUCAUAUCUAAAUAUACAUCAAGAACCAGAGCAUUAAACUAAGGCCCAUAACUCUCAAGAUUUCCAAAAGCAGACGAUAAAAUAAAGAGAAAUAACUCUCCAGGAAUAUUAAAAGGAUCUCUCUCUCUCUCUCUCUCUCUCUCUCUCUCUCUCUCUCUCUCUCUCUCUCUAAUUUACAAGUAUAAAA